AUGGCUAAUCGCCAACUAGCCGAUACUCAUAUUCACAUGCAUGUGUUCACACCUCUCGGCCCUACCCCGGCGCGCCGGCCACUCUUUCUGACUCAGCAACAAGCUGCCCAGGUGACCUGCAGAGGGCUGUUAUGCCUCGGCACUGUUGUUAUCAACACAGCACGAGCCAAUAAACUGUCUGUCAACGGCGAUGACCGAGAUGAUCAGCAGCCAAUGAAGCACCGACCGAUACAACAUAUGUUUAAGGUCCCAAGGUCUACGCUGUACGGGAGCAUGUGA